AUGGACGGCAUUAAAGGGCUCUUAAGAAUCAAAGUUCGUCGAGGGGUCAACCUCGCUAUUCGCGACACUUUUAGCAGCGACCCUUAUGUCGUCAUUACUAGAGCUAGUGUAAAGACUCAAGUGAUAAAAAAGAAUUGUAACCCAGAGUGGAAUGAUGUUCUUACACUUUCAGUGACUAAUCCAAAUAUACCCAUCAAGCUAGCUGUUUAUGACCAUGAUACGUUCACUAAACAUGAUAGAAUGGGUGAUGCUACAAUUGAUAUUAGACCAUAUAUUGAGUGUAUGCAAAUGGGAUUAGGAGAACUUCCCAUUGGAACUGCUGCAAAAAAGUUGCAGCCUAAUGAGAAUAAUUGUCUCGCCGAUGAAAGUAAGAUCGUUUGGACAGGUAAUGGUAAAAUGGUUCAGGACAUGAUUCUUAAGCUUCAACAUGUAGAGAGGGGAAAGUUACAAAUUCAGCUUGAGUGGCUUGAUCUUCCAGGUAAUAAAGGAUGACAUUCUUGAUGUAUGCGUGCUACUCUAAAGUGUGACAAGAAUUUUGAGGAAUUUUUAUUCGAUGUUUUGAUAUUGCUAUUGUAUAAUGAAAAUUCUACAGUAGUUAUUUGAAAAAUAUAAUUCGGUAUUGCUAUUGUAUAAAGUGUUAUGAUUGUAUCAUACUCACAACUAUGUUAUGUGAACAAGGGAACAUCUCAAACUUGUAUAUAUUGUUUGUUUUUAUUUUCUAUUAUAUUAUUUUAACAUUAAUUUAAGGUAAAAUAUUUGGUUAAGUUCUAAAUUAUAGAACUUGAAUUUAUAAAUUGAAAUAAAUAUUAUCUCAUUCAUCGGAUAGUUAGAUAAAAUCAUUAAAUCAAAAUAUAUUUUUUAAUUUCUAA